AUGCUUUCUGAGGCACAAGUCAUCGCUUGGAGCUGUGCUCUUGCGUUAGAAGCUGUCAGUAUUUUUCUGGGCAACUUGCUCACAAUUGUUCUCUUCACCUUUAGGAAGAAGCUGCGAAAUAAGAAAAGCUUAUAUCUUGUUAUGAAUAUGGCGUUUGCUGAUCUGGUAUGGGGAGGUGCAAGUCUCCCUUUAUUUGUUUAUUUAGUAACGGCGACUCGCAGUAGGUUGUAUUUUACAGAAUUUCCAACUUUUCUUCAAAUCAUUUUAACGGUUUUCUCGAUGGCCUCGUUUACUACCGCUGCUUUGAUAUCUGCUGAAAGAUUUUACGCCGUUUUCUGGCCGCUGAAGCACCGAACACUUUCCAUGCGAGAAUACAAGCUUGUUAUUUUGAUGGCUUGGACAUUGGCUAUCCUAUUUUCUACGGUUUAUAUAUUGCUUUUCCGCUUGAGUCUGCGAGCUGUUUUCGCUUUCUCUACUUUAUACGGCUUGUUACUAAUUGUGACUAUUUGCGGCCUCAACAUCGUCAUUUGGAGAAAGAUUCAGCAAAAAUCUGUUCCUUGUUACCAAAACAGACACAUGCAAAUCCAGCGUUUGACGAAAGCCCUGUCAUUAGUAUCUGUUGGUACCUUGAUUUCUUGGGUCCCCGCAAUAAUUUUUUAUUUGUUAAGAUUUUUCGGUCAAAACACAUCUUUAAACAUUCUCCUUUUCACUUAUUUUAUAUAUUCUUCCAGUUCUUUUAUCAAUCCAAUGGUGUACGCAUUUAGAAUUCCUGAGUUUAGGCAAGGUUUAAAUUUGUUCUGUUUUAGAAGUCAGGGAAAUAUUAAUGCAGGAAGAAAUAAUAUGGCAGCCGAUCACAAUAAUUUAAAGCUCACUUUCAAACAGGAAGUUAUGGAAGAUACAAAAUUGUGACUAGCGGUGGAAGUUCGAGAAACUGAGACUUAAAACUGCACGGGGCGGGGCCAGGUGAGCCCUGCCCUCCCCUCCCUCCGCUUUUUGUACGAGUAUUGCGCAUGCGUUCUUUGGGGACAUUUUUUUUGAUUUCUUUAGGCAAUGUAAACAAACGACAAUAUCUUAAAAUAGUCAUUCAAAUUUGACGAAAUUUGGCAGAAAUCUUGUUGAAAUAUCAUUAAGCCAAAGAAGGAUCAAAUUAAAAGUUGGAAAAAGAAGUCAGAAACAGCCUGGUCUCCAUGUGUUCUCGACUCGGUCAAAGCUGGACUCUAUCAUGAGCUGUGACGUCACCGAAUUCCCAGACUUCGCGCGGACAACAGGCAAAGAGAGAACGCCUGGGCUGAAUCUGAGAGACAAUCAAGUACAUGAAAGCUACUGAUUCAUUUAAAAAAGUUAAAAACUGAUUGUUGCAAGCUGGGUGUAAAUUCAUAACUGAGAAAAUUUAAUGACUGGAUUUUACGUAAACAUAAUACUGAAAUUGAAAAUGUAAUGUUUGCUUUCAAUCAUCUAUGUUGGCAUACGAAACCUAUUAAAUGUAAAGUCUCAUAAAUAUAUUUUCUGCGUGCUAAAUUUGAACUUCAUAACUGCAACGAGCCUUAAAAAUGGUGUUCUAUUGCACUUUGUAAUAAUCGUAGCACUUUGUAAUAAGAUUCUCGCACUUUGUAAUAACACUUGUCGCACUUUGUAAUAAAAGAUCUAGAGCUGUCGCACUUUGUAAUAACAGACCGUCGCACUUUGUAAUAGAAAUAAACUGUCGCACUUUGUAAUAAACUUGAAAUAGAUGGUCGGAGGACAAGUGAGCUCAGUAAUAAGUAUCAUCAUCAAGAACAACAACAACAACAACAACAAUAAUAAUGAUGAUGAUGAUGAUGAUGAUAAUAAUAAUAAUUCGCUGAACGGUUUUCAGCAGGCCCUUAUCGAUUGUGCUUUUAAAGUAGCAUGCUCACAUCAACUGUGGCCUUCCGUCUUCAAAAUCUUUGUGGAGAAGUACAACGUACUCUUCCUGUGAGGACGACCUCGAGACCAUGUCGCAAUGAGAUAGUGUUUCUAACAGUGAGAGUUCGUAAUAAUAGGACUUUGUAUUGGAAUUUAGCUGCCAUCCGUAUUAUCGGCUUGUCCGUAAAAGUCAGGUGUUCUUCAGGUGGAAGGUGAUUGUAGAAGCAAGUUGAUAUUUUGAAAGUUUCACCAGCAGCACGGGGAACGAGAAAUAUUACAAAGGGUUGACAAGCCUGACAUCACGACUUCCACCAACCUUUUUAUGGCUUUUAAUUCUCAGAGUUUAGCUUUUACAGAACGAGUAUAUCCUUUAGAGACUUUCCUCGUUUGUGCGAUAUAAUUGGAGGUUCUUUGUAGAUAUGUUUUAGAAGAAGUUGGUUCUCUAGCAGUUGCCAGUGUUUCAUGAAAAUGCUUUUAAGACUAGGAACUGAUUGUUGGUUUUCCGUGACAAAGGGCAAAAUGUUUUUCGCUCUUGAAGAUUCUUGUUGAAGUGCCUUUUUCUUGUUUUCAAAGUGUAUUUCAGAGAGAGAGAGAGAGAGAGUUAGAUUUAAUAAAUUUUGUGGAUAUCCUCUCUCUCUCUAAGGUGCUUUUGAAAUUCCUUUGGUCUUUUUUUGAAAAUUUUCUUCAGAGGUGAUUCCUGUGAAAUGUGGCGCGCAAUAAAACAGGUACUCCCCGGUACUAAAAAGUCGACUGUUUCUUCAAUCUUUGAAAAUGGGAAGUGGCACACGUCGAAGUUUAUGGUCAUUGGAGGACGUAACAAACUAAUUCAAUUUAAUGACACAGCUCUUGUAUCCAACAAUGAUCAACUGGAGAACGUUACCAAAUUCAAGUAUCUUGUAGUGAUCAUAAACCAGCAUCUUUCUUGCCAUCAUGACCACAUUGAACAACUACAUAGUAAAAUAGCAAAGAGACUUUUAGUUGUCUUAAAACGAAUCAAGCAACUUCUCCUAGUUUAUGCAAAAAGGAUCUAUGUGUCAACAAUUAAUAGUCAUUCCUAUUCUUGAAUAUGCAAGUAUCGUAUGGGGUUACAAAAAUAACAAAGUUUUAAUGGAUUCUGUUCAAGUUUUUCAGAAUAAAGCAGCCAAGCUAGUUUUGGAUCGAGCGACGCAUUCUCCAUCAACUCAAGCACUUCUAUAGAUCUUAACUGGAUGAAUCCAUCAACCAGAAGAUUAAUGCAACGGUGUUUUUAUAUGCAUAAUUUUAUUAAUGACAGUGAAGAAACAGUAUGAGUUACUCGAGGCUCAGACUAUCAUAGCCAUAACACCCGCUCCGAGGAAACUAUUAGAUCUAUUAGAUCAAACACAAACUGGGGUCUACUCAGAUCCUUUCACAUAGUGCAUUGACAUAAUGGAAUUCCCUUCCAGAAGACCAUGAGAUGUCUUAUAAUGCUUUUAAAAUCUCUUUACUUAAACAUUUUAAAUCUCAAUAAGUUCGCUUAUUCGCUGACAUUUUUUAGUUCAUUUAUUUCAAUAUUUUGUCAUUUUUAGUACUGUAGUUUUUAGUUUUUAUGCNAAUAAAACAGGUACUCCCGGGUACUAAAAAGUCGACUGUUUCUUCAAUCUUUGAAAAUGGGAAGUGGCACACGUCGAAGUUUAUGGUCAUUGGAGGACGUAACAAACUAAUUCAAUUUAAUGACACAGCUCUUGUAUCCAACAAUGAUCAAUUGGAGAACGUUACCAAAUUCAAGUAUCUUGUAGUGAUCAUAAACCAGCAUCUUUCUUGCCAUCAUGACCACAUUGAACAACUACAUAGUAAAAUAGCAAAGAGACUUUUAGUUGUCUUAAAACGAAUCAAGCAACUUCUCCUAGUUUAUGCAAAAAGGAUCUAUGUGUCAACAAUUAAUAGUCAUUCCUAUUCUUGAAUAUGCAAGUAUCGUAUGGGGUUACAAAAAUAACAAAGUUUUAAUGGAUUCUGUUCAAGUUUUUCAGAAUAAAGCAGCCAAGCUAGUUUUGGAUCGAGCGACGCAUUCUCCAUCAACUCAAGCACUUCUAUAGAUCUUAACUGGAUGAAUCCAUCAACCAGAAGAUUAAUGCAACGGUGUUUUUAUAUGCAUAAUUUUAUUAAUGACAGUGAAGAAACAGUAUGAGUUACUCGAGGCUCAGACUAUCAUAGCCAUAACACCCGCUCCGAGGAAACUAUUAGAUCUAUUAGAUCAAACACAAACUGGGGUCUACUCAGAUCCUUUCACAUAGUGCAUUGACAUAAUGGAAUUCCCUUCCAGAAGACCAUGAGAUGUCUUAUAAUGCUUUUAAAAUCUCUUUACUUAAACAUUUUAAAUCUCAAUAAGUUCGCUUAUUCGCUGACAUUUUUUAGUUCAUUUAUUUCAAUAUUUUGUCAUUUUUAGUACUGUAGUUUUUAGUUUUUAUGCAGUGCCCUAUUGAAAACCACAUUAUGUGACAUAGGCCAUCUGUAAAAAGUGUCUGAAGAUAAUUUUUCCAUGAAAUUGGAAUGAAUAAGUUGUUAUUAUUGUUAUUAUUAUUUCUAUUAAUAUUGUUAUUAUUAUUAUUAUUAUUGUUGUUGUUGUUGUUGUUGUUGUUGUUGUUCCUUGUCCUCCGACGAUCCAUUUCAAGUUUAUUACAAAGUGCGAUUGAACAAACAGCCGAUUGUAUUGAGUGGUUACUACCCACGUCCCGGCUAUCAAACUGUGUUCAGCCACGCUAAUUUUUCUUUUCUUCGAUUUGAACUGACUUACGUAUAGCAUCUGGGCAUUUAGCUAGCUUUCUUUGGAAGAUGACGUGAAAUUUAAUAAAAUUUGAUCUAUCCCCAGCUUUUCAAAUAAGGUGGAUAGCGCUAUCUGAGCUAUCCACCAGCGGAUAACAGUGUCAUAAACACCAGUACAUGGCUGAAUUCGCAAGCGGGCAAGAUAAAGAGAAUCCUUUGUUCUGAUUGGCUACCUUUAGUUAGUAAGUUUUCCUACCUUAAUGACGCAAGAAAAAGUUCUCUUUAUGGCUAAAUAGUAAAUCGUUUAUUCACUUAGCUUGUUCAGUCUUGAGAUUGCUUAGACCUUUAUCACGUGGCGGCCAUUUUGUCUCAAGAGAUUUAAAAAGCUUUGUUUAUGCCCGGCUAGCCUCGUUCUUUCUCUGAGGCUAGCCGGGCAUAAAUAAACCUUUUUAAAUCUCUUGAGACAAAAUGGCCGCCACGUGACAAAGGGCUAUUGGCGUGGUUCAUGUUGAAGAAGUGUUGAGCAUGCGUACUUAGGGAGCAAUGCGAGAACGCUUGUUAUGUUGUCUUUCAUAAAAAAGUAACAAGAUAAAAAGGCAUUUCUGGAAAGAAAUAAAACUUUAACUUGACGUUUCGUUUGUUCCAACAUGUACAUCUUGAGAAAUAAUUAACCGAUGGAUAACAACAGNACCAGUACAUGGCUGAAUUCGCAAGCGGGCAAGAUAAAGAGAAUCCUUUGUUCUGAUUGGCUACCUUUAGUUAGUAAGUUUUCCUACCUUAAUGACGCAAGAAAAAGUUCUCUUUAUGGCUAAAUAGUAAAUCGUUUAUUCACUUAGCUUGUUCAGUCUUGAGAUUGCUUAGACCUUUAUCACGUGGCGGCCAUUUUGUCUCAAGAGAUUUAAAAAGCUUUGUUUAUGCCCGGCUAGCCUCGUUCUUUCUCUGAGGCUAGCCGGGCAUAAAUAAACCUUUUUAAAUCUCUUGAGACAAAAUGGCCGCCACGUGACAAAGGGCUAUUGGCGUGGUUCAUGUUGAAGAAGUGUUGAGCAUGCGUACUUAGGGAGCAAUGCGAGAACGCUUGUUAUGUUGUCUUUCAUAAAAAAGUAACAAGAUAAAAAGGCAUUUCUGGAAAGAAAUAAAACUUUAACUUGACGUUUCGUUUGUUCCAACAUGUACAUCUUGAGAAAUAAUUAACCGAUGGAUAACAACAGAAAUUUAAAUGAAGAACAAUUAACUAAUUAAAGAAACAAUAGACUAUGACAUAAUGUAGGAAAAUUUGCAUAUAAGUAAAGCAUGGAAACUAAAAAUGGUAAAGUUUUUCAGUGCUGACAUUUUCCGGAAAGGCCUAAAUCCCCGAUCAGCAUAGUCUACUUUAUCUCGCAAUGGGUAUCCGACCAUUUUGAACUUUUGAUAAGAGGACGGCCCCAUUUCAUGUUGUAACUUGUUGACGUCAUCAAGCCAUGAUGACUCAUUAUUGUUCAUUCAAAAUGUUUCCAACGCUCAUUACGCCCUUAUUUGAAGAUUCAAGAAAUGAACGGUUGUUUCAGAUUCGUACCCAGUCGCUAUUUAUGUGUUUUGGGGGUGAGAGAAGAUUGGGGGUUAGGUUGCAUGAGGCGCGUGCGGGGUGUCCUGGGAAGGGACGACACCCAUGACAACCUGCACGCGCCUCAACCUAACCCCCAAUCUUCUCUCACCCCAAAAACACAUAAAUAGCGACUGGGUACGAGUCUGCGGUUGUGUAUCCCAUUUUGGCAAAGGAAACUGCUAUCUUAGUUAGUGCCCAUCGCGGUACCGUGAGUUUGUAGGUAGAGCUUUCCAUUGAACUGGAAGAAUUUUCUUUGCGGGUUAAUCAAAGUACAGUUCUCGCAGGGAAUGUGUAGGAAUAGGUGGGUUGCUUUGUAGAAAUGUUCUUACGCUCUGCAAACUAUUUCAGUGCCUCGAUAUGUGGUAUAUGACGUAUUGUUGUAAAAAAAACGUGUGACAUCCAUCAAAAGAAGACUUGAGAUGUUCGGUUUUUCACCUUUGUCUUUUCAAUAAAAUUUACAGGGUCGGUGGUAUCUUUGGUUACUUCCUGGAAAGAUAGAUAUGCUCUUCUUUCUGAAAAAACUUAAUGUCGGUCCAUGUCGGUAGUCGGUUUUUUUUUUCCUUUCGGUAGUCGGUAAUUUUUUUUCCCUUUUUGGCGGUAGUCAGUAAUAAAUUUCGCCCUUUGUCGCUAGUCGGUUAACCCUAGGCCUUGAUACAAAUAUCCGGAUAUUUCUAAAGAUAUUUAGAAGAUUUUGAGAUAUUUAGAAAAUCUCAUGAUAUUUAGGAAAAAAUUUUGAUAUUCAGAAUCUUGUUACGAAAAAAGUACUGAAAUCAUGUUUUUUCUUGGAAGCUACUUCAAUGCUAAUUAGGGCUUGGGCAUUUCAGUGACAGAAAUUCAAACAAAUCUCGACACAUGGGCCUGUUGUAAUCAGAUUCAGCAGUAUUCCCCAUGAUAAUAAUAAUUAUGCAAUGUGGCUGAUGUGCAACAAAAUGGCUGAUAACGUCCUCUGAGCCACGCACAAACCAAACAGCAGUAGUGUCCCUUUUAGACCGCCUUAGACCUCCAGGACCUAAUGGUCUUUCACGAACUCUGCCUGUAUUAAAGUAGAGUGCCCUAGUCUUCUUGCAGGCUGAGGGGUACUGCAAAUAAGGCUGACUUUAUGUGGAAUUGUUUAGAGUUUUGUUGUAUGCCGUAUAAGAAUAUGGUUUCCUGAAAUUUGCUGAAAUUCGUGUUGCCAUUUUAGAUGAAAGGAUAUUUUUUUGUGUUUUUACUGUAACGUUUAUAAAAUGAAGCCAGAUAUUUUAGAAAUAUUUAGAAAAACAUUUCGAGAUAUUUAAUCGGAAAAAAAUCAGGAAUUUCCGGAAACAUAUUUAGGAGAUUUUUCGUGAUAUUUAUAUCUAGGCCUAGUUAACCCCAUUCACACUUUUAAAAAGGAAUCUAUUAGGAAAUUGUGUAAUUUAAAUUUUCAAUUGACAAAAACCUUGCACCAGAAUAAUUUAAAUAAUACUUCAAUCUUUUUUACACUUUUCAAGAGGAAAAGAUAUAAUUAGUUUUCUGUCAUAACACCAAGGACAAUUCUUCACGGGAGCCUUAGAAAAUAAAUGUCACAUUUCACUUGAAAUGUGAAAACACAGAAAGAAUUCUGAAAACUUCAUGUGUAAGAUGUCAUUUCGAGAAAUUUGACAUUUAUUUUCUCGGGCUCCCAUAAGAAAUUUUGUUUGGUGUUAUUACAGAUAGCUAAUUACAUCUAUAACCCUUCAAAAAUGUGAAAAAGAAUGCAAGAUGCUGUAAAAUUAUUUUGGUACAAAGAUUUUGUUAAAAGUUAAAAUUACUCAAUUUCCUGAUGGAUUCCUUCUUAACAUGUGCAAGUGGACCGCUACUUCCUUUUCGGUUUAAACUGUAUGAGUUUCCUUAAUUAAGGUUUGGCUGGAAUUAUAGCCCCUUCCUCGAUGAUAAUUUCUUUGAAUCAAAAUUGUCGCGACGACGCUAUUCAUGGAGGGAGUUGCAGUUCUUUUAAAUCUCAGCGUUGAAAAAUCAGUUUGGCCUUUCAUUGCCCUCAAGAUGGAACAGGUGGCGACUUAUUAGUUUGGUUUUCGAAAACUGCUUUGCGGAUGACACCACUAAGCAAAUGGACCGUGCAUCAGGGAGGUUAAAUCUUUCAAUAUGUAGAAAACGGACAUUCAGGCUAUUCAUGCAAUCAAUAAGCCUAUUCAGUCAACAAUAAUGGAUUUUAGCUUCAAAUAAAAAAACCAAGCAAUUGCAUUGACAGCAACACCUAGGGCUGACUUAAUAAGGUCGUUACAGAGCCCUGUUUCUUCACAUAUUAUUGAAGAUAGCUGACUGUUUGCAGUAAACUUUGCAAUGACGAAUGUAUCAGCUAGCACCUCUUCUUCUUCUUCAUUUUCAUCAAGGGCGAAAAUCUUUUCGAAUGCACAAAUCAUCGCUUGGAGUUUUGCUUUUUCGGCGCAAGCUGUGGCUAUCGUCAUGGGGAAUUUGCUCGCACUUGCACUCUUUGCAUUUAACAAGAAGCUUCGAAAAAAGAAAAGUUUAUACCUUGUUAUGAAUAUGGCGUUUGCUGAUCUGAUGUUGGGAGGUAUCUAUAUCCCUUCUUUUAUUUUUUUCCUGGUGAAUCCCGAAAACCAGUCAUCAUAUGAAAGAUCUUUUUUCCUCAAAAUCAUCUGCGCGUUUUUCUCUCUGGCCUCGUCUAUUACCGCUGCUUUGAUAUCUGCUGAGAGAUUUUACGCCAUUUAUUGGCCAUUAAAGCACCGAACACUUUCUACGCGAGCAUACAGGCUUGUUAUUUUGAUGGUGUGGACGUUGGCUAUCCUGUUUUCCACGGUUUAUGUCCUACUUUUCUGGAGCCCAAUGAGGUUAUACAGUUUCGUGUGUUCAUACGUCUUGUUUCUAGUCUUCACUAUCUGCGGCCUCAACAUCGGUAUCUGGAGAAAGUUUAAGCAGAAAACUCCUUCUCAUCAACAAAAUAGAGCCUUUCAACAGCAACGCUUAACAAAAGCAUUGUUAUAUGUAUCUGUUUUUACUCUGAUUUCGUGGAUCCCUAUAUCUCUUUGCAAUUUAAUAGGCUCCUUCGGAUACAACAUACAUGACCACAUUUUGCUGCUAGCUUAUUUUAUGUAUCUUUCCAGCUCUUUUAUCAAUCCAGUGGUGUACGCAAUAAGAGUUCCUGAGUUUAAACAAGCUUUGCCUAAUGUAUGCUGUUUUAGAAGACGGGCAUUGAUGGACAGNAAAGUUUAAGCAGAAAACUCCUUCUCAUCAACAAAAUAGAGCCUUUCAACAGCAACGCUUAACAAAAGCAUUGUUAUAUGUAUCUGUUUUUACUCUGAUUUCGUGGAUCCCUAUAUCUCUUUGCAAUUUAAUAGGCUCCUUCGGAUACAACAUACAUGACCACAUUUUGCUGCUAGCUUAUUUUAUGUAUCUUUCCAGCUCUUUUAUCAAUCCAGUGGUGUACGCAAUAAGAGUUCCUGAGUUUAAACAAGCUUUGCCUAAUGUAUGCUGUUUUAGAAGACGGGCAUUGAUGGACAGAGAAGGAAAUAUGGAAAGAUUUAAUAUGGCCGCAGCCGACCACAAUCAUGCCCAACUCACUUUCGAACAGAAAAUUGUACAUGGAGGUAAGGACACAAAAUUGUGACCAACAGUGGAAGUUUUACCCUGAGAAACUGCUUACUAGUCUUUUUACAUAAAAAAAGUCGUUUCACUUUAUGAGCUAAGUGAUCACUUCAAAAACCACUUGCAAUUUUAGUUGAAGCGCAGGCAUUAAAAGCUCUGUGCAAGGGUCACGUACGUGUUGUAUUGUAUAAAGUAGUAUCAACACGGCUGCAAAUGUUACGGGUUUUGUGGGGAAAUCCCGAGAACAGAUUCAAGACUCAGAUAAUGGAAUGAUACGCAGAAAUUAUCAAUAAGGAAAAGCGGGGCACUCGCACCUUCACUCAUCUUUACUUCUUUUAGAUAAUUUUCAAAACAAAAUGAAGUGUUUGUCCCCAAUUUCGUAACUCGCGAAUUAAGGCCCUAACUGCUGCCCGAAAAAUAAAAAUAAAAAACUGAAAUUCAAUCACGUCACUCGCGUGAAAAUGAGGUCACCGUAGGUUUGAUUUGAAAAAACUAAACGCACCCCUGGAAAGUUUUAAGCUACACCCCUGGAACUUUCAAUUCUAAGCAGUUACUUACUGGCAUGUAAUAUCCUGCCAGAAGACCUACUGGCAUUGAAAGCCUCUCUGGAGAAAGAAAACAAAACCAAUUUGAGCAAAUAAGUUUUAGUUAUUUGAAAGCUCGUGCUGGUGUCCGUCAAAUAUAAUCAGUCACGUAUAAGCAAUCAAGAUAAACUUAAAAGUAUAAAUAAUGACAAGCAAAAAAAAAGGACUGUUGCUUUUGGCUAAUAAAUUUCUUACAGAUCCUAAUAAAGUAUACUAAAUAAAUAUUUGUUCCAGAUCAUUGCUGCUUUUCCCAGUGCUUUCAAAGAAUAGUUACUGAUUUCCUCAUGGUUCUAAUUCUUCCUUACCUCUUGUGGGAAGGAACGAGUAUUCUCCCUUUAAUUUCAUGCCACUUCGUUUGAUUUGAAGCUUAGCUGCAAUUAAAUUAAUCCCAGUUUUAGACGACAAUUUCUUUCAAAACCGAAAUUUUGUGGCGACCACGGCCACCCCUGGUUCUCUUGACUAAGUUCUAUCGAGUUACCGUUUCCUUCAGUCUUAACUAAAAUAUUUUACACUUUUAUUUUGUGGUUGUAUAAAAAGAUAUUUCUUAUGAUAAUAAAAAAAAUUGUGGUGCUCGUUAGCAUGAUAUUUUGUAGAGAACAGGUGGUCAAUUCAUAUAAUUAGUUGCUAAAAAUUGUGCUUUGUACGUGACAUUACUACCGAAACAGAGAGACUGUGUACACAAACGGGCCCAUUUUUAUUAUGUGGAAAAGAGAUAUCAUUUUAGACCGACAGGCUGACAGUUAAGGAUAAAGGAUUUUAGCUUCAAAUAAAAAAAACCAGCGCGGUUGUCUUUACCCCAAGAUUUGGCAUUAGGUCCAGGUUAUUUACACGUCCUUGUUUCUCGCUCCUCUUUGAUGUAACGUUUGUAGAAAUAACAAACAAUGGCAAAUAUCUUAGCUACACCUUAGUUCCUCACCCAAUAAUUCCCCAUAACCAAAAUCUUUUCUAAGGCAUAGGUCACAUACAUAAUCAGCUCCAGCUUUAACUUUGAGUGAAAAACCAACUCAACUGCCUCUACAAUAGCAUUUGACAUUAGGGAGCCCGGUUGUUAAACGUUUUUGUUUCUCGCUCGCCUUUCAAGCAACGUCGACCAAUAUGUCAGCUUCAGCUGCCUCACUCAGUGAUUCUCUAUCAACUAUGACCGAAAUCCUUUCUAAAGCACGGGUCAUCGCUUGUAGUUGUUUUCUUGCGUCGGAAGCAGUUGUUAUUAUGGCGGGAAACUUGGUCCGUGGGUCAUUCGUCCAUUUAACUUUCAAUUUAAAUACAAAAAUUGGAAAUCGAUGUCAUUUUUUGAUUUUUCAAUUUUUUUCUUCCUGUAUAGUGGAUAAACAUGUUUUAUUAACUUUUUUUUAUCCUUUUCCCCUGUAAAAAAAUAUGAGUCAAUAUUAAAAACAUUAUCGAACCAUGGAUAUUUUAGCUAUUCGCGGGAAAACCGUUUCUGCAGUCAUCUGUCAAUUACAAUGACGUGAUCACAUUGCAACUCACAAAAGUACCAAGAGGGGAGGACCCAAGUGUUGAAGUGCCCAGGAGGGGAAGGGGAAGGGCGUAGGGACUUAAGUGGGAAGGAAGAAGGAAGGGGCCUUUUACCUGUCCAUUCUAUCCUCAUUUACAGGGCUUAUUUUGGCCUAGACGGGUAUGUCCCACUGAUCAAGUUGUGGAUAUCUGGCUAACCAGCUCUAACCGGCUCCAGUCAAUUUCACAGUUUAGCGCCUUUAACAUGGUGUCGCUUGGAAAGAGUGUGAAGGUUGGCGAUGAGCGGUCUACGUGUGCGGUCCCAACAAUUAAAUUCCAUGAUGAUAGUUUAAAUUGAAGGCCUCGGCAGCACAACUCUACCCAGACUUGCCUUCACGCCCCUCCCCCCACCCCCCUCGAGAUUUACCCAUAAGGGGAGUUCGUUUGAAGCGGAUCCGGUAAAAAGAUUAAUACCGCAGUUUUUUUCCAAGACUUUUAAUGGUUGUACCGGCCCUAAGAAAAUUUUUUUCAUGUCUUCAGAGGGUAAAAACGAUCAGCUCUCCUUCAUUAUCCUAAUCAUAAUUUCUCCUCUACUUCCUCCCUUUCUCCUCCUACCUACACUUGAAAGUUUAAUGCACGCUUUUACAACGUGAACAGCUUGGCAAUAAAGAGUAAUCUACAGUAAUAAAAAGUACAAAAAAGCAAGAAAAAUUCAAGAAAAAAGACCCAACCGAUCAACAACUUCCUUCCUACAGGUUUCCACCUUUUCAUUUCACAGGUGGUUUUCCGCAUGUAUCCCAUUUUUCAAAACCCUUGUUACGGAACACGAACUAAAGCUUUUCUUUCCAGGCCGCUUCUUGUACACAGUGUACCCUCCAGGAUCUUAAACACUGACCCGAUUUAGGAAUGAGACAAAGGAAACUGUUCUCCUUUUAAAGGCCAAAGCUUGAAAAAUGAGACCCAAUUCAAGGGGAAAUACAAACUAAUAAUUUAAUGGAAAAGCACAAAUCUUCCUUAAAUCGUUUUCCUAACACUCAGAAGUAAAGUUCCGUUUUAACAUAUGAUUUGUUUCUCGUGUAAUUUACGCACUUAAAUUUUAGCUGAUACAAUAACAUUAGCCUUUCUAGUAAAGAUCACACCGGGAACACAACGCCGACAAGGGCAAAAAAGAUACCCUAUUUAAGGAUGGAGACCCUAAAAACAAUCCCCUAUCAGGCGGCACAUACCUAUCUAGCCCCAAUUUGGAAGAAUCCCCCCGGGUGGUGACACUACUUAGCACACAGAUGGUAAAAAGUAUCAAUAUGGUGUAAUCUCAGUCAACAAUAAUGAAUUUUAGUUUCGACUGAAAGACCAACGCAAUUGCAAUUAUAAGACUUAACAACCCUUGGUUUUGUGCCCUGGCGGUUGUUAACAUACGCCUCUGUUUCUCGUACAUCUUCAAAGUCACGUUUCAAGAAAUUACUAGCAAAGACAGGAAGAAUAAUGAAGAAUUUGUCAGCUUCGACUUCGCCGCUCAAUAAUUCCUUUUCAUCCAUGGUUAUCAACGAAAUGCUUUCUGAGGCACAAGUCAUCGCUUGGAGUUGUGCCCUUGCGUCGGAGGCUGUCGUUACUGUCCUGGGAAACAUGCUCACAAUUGUCCUCUUCACAUUUAACAAGAAGCAGCGAGCUAAGAAAAGUUUAUAUUUUGUUAUAAAUAUGGCGUUUGCUGAUCUGGUGUUGGGAGGUGCAAGUCUCCCUUUAUUUGUUUAUUUCAUGGUGACUCGCAGUAGGUUAUAUUUUUCAGAAUUUCCAAGUUUUCUUAAAAUCAUUUUUAUGGUUUCCUCGGUGGCCUCGUUCACUACCGCUGCUUUAAUAUCUGCUGAAAGAUUUUACGCCAUUUUUUGGCCGCUGAAGCACCGAACACUUUCGACGCGAGCAUACAAGCUUGUUAUUUUGAUGGCUUGGACAUUGCCUAUCUUAUUUUCUACGGCUUAUAUAUUGCUUUUCCGCUUGAGUCUGCGAGGUUUUUUCGCUUUCGCUACUUUAUACAGCUUAUUUCUAAUUGUGACUAUCUGCGGCCUCAGCAUCAUCAUUUGGAGAAAGAUUCAGCAAAAAUCUGUUCCCUGUCACCAAAACAGAGACAUGCAAAUCCAGCGUUUAACUAAAGCUUUGUCGUUAGUAUCUGUUGUUACUCUGAGUACUAUGAUCCCUGCAAUUAUUGUUAAUUUGUUUAGAAUUUUCGGUCAAAACAUGUCUUCAAACACUCUCGUUUUCACUUAUUUUAUAUUUUUUUCCAGAUCUUUUAUUAAUCCAAUGAUGUACGCAUUAAGAAUUCCUGAGUUUAGGCAAGGUUUAAAUUUGCUCUGUUUUAGAAGUCAGGAAAAUAGUAAUACAGGAAGAAAUAAUAUGGCAGCCGAUCACAAUAAUUUAAAGCUCUCUUUCAAACGGGAAGUUAUGGAAGAUACAAAAUUGUGACUAAAGUGGUGGAAGUUCGAGAAACUGAGACUUAACCGUGCACGGGGCGGGGCCAGGUGAGCCCUGCCCUCCCCUCCCUCCACUUUUUGUACGAGUGUUGAGCAUGCGUUCUUAGGGGACAACUUUGUGGAUUUUCAUAGGCAAUGUAAACAAAAGAAAAUAUCUUAAAGUAGUCAUUCAAAUUUGACAAAAUGUGGCAGAAAUCUUGUUCAAAUCUCAUUUAGUCAAUGAAAGCAUCAAAUUAAAAGUUGGAAAAAGGAAUCUGAGACAGCCUGGUCUCCAUGCACUCUCGGCUCGGUCAAAGGUGGAAUCUACAGUGAGCUGUGACGUCACCGAAUUCCAAGACUUCGCGAAGACAAGGGGCCAAAAGAGAACGCCUGGGAACUAGGCUGAAUCUGAGUCGACACAAUCAAGUACAUGAAUGCUAUUCACUUAAAAAUUUUAAAAACUGAUUAUUACAUUUGGUUAAGUUGUUUGUCUUUAAAUAAAUAGAUAAGACGUACUGAUUGCAAGCUGCAUGCAAAUUCAUAAGGAAAUCUAAUGACUGGAUUUUACGCAAACCUAAUUCUGAAAUUGAAAAUGUAAUGUUUGCUUUCAAUCACCUUUGUUGCCAUAAGAAACCUAAUAAAUGUAGUCUCAUAAGUAUAUUUUACGCGUGACAAAUUUAAAUGAACUUGAUAACUGCAACGAACCUACUAUACCAGCCUAAUGAAUGGUUACCACAGUCAGCACCUAUCAAACUGUGUUCAGCCACGGCAAUUUUUAUUUUCUUCGAUUUAAACUGACUUAUGUAUGGCAUUUGGGUAUUUAGCUAGCUGACUUUGUAUAGGAUAACAUGAAAUUUAAUAAAUAAUAAGCUGUUCAAAAAAGGUGGAUAGCGGUCAGCUGACCUAUCCCGAGCUGGUGGCACCAGCGGAUAACACAGUAUUAACAAUACAUGGCUGAAUCCGCGAGCGGGAAAUGAAGCCAAUCCUACUCUCGGCUUGCACUGUCACGCAAUAAAAAAUAUAAAUGCAAACCAUUCAAUACAGAAGGACUAGAAUCUGGGAAAUAAAAGAAGAUAAAUAUACAAAACCCUUGCCAAGAAUCAGGUCUGUGAAAUAUUUCAAAUGCGAGAUAUUGGGAAAAACGGUUUACCUAAAUUUAUAAAGCUUUGUAUGGAAACGCCAUGUUGGUGUCCCUUUCAGGAACACCAAUAUAGCCGCCGGAUACCAACAGAAACAUCUGUUUUCGAAAUUUCCUACUAAUGCGUGAAUUCUUCGCUUGAGGAACUCAUAAAGAUUACAGUAAUAUUUAUUCUGAGACAAGGGAUGUUUAGAUUGCAAAAUCUCCGAAAAUCGCUAAUGUUUUUGACCCACAUAAGAGCUUUCCCGGCCGCCAGCUAAAUGCCGCGUCACGCAAAAGCCUGGAAAUUCAAGCGUCCUCUCCCGCAAAACGAAGAACCCUUUGCUUGGUUUUUAAACAAAUACAUUUCCACAAAUCCAUGACAUUAUGGAGCACUUUCAUCUUUGAGUCUUCUUAGCUAUCAAAGAAUCAAACUAAAAACCACUGCAGUGUUGCAACCCAAGAAUGUUCUGAUUGGCUACCCGAGCGGGCAAGAUUUCCCGCCUUAGUGCCGCAAGAAAUAGUUAUCUUUAUGGCCAUAUAGUAAAUCUUUUAUUCACCUAGCUUGGUCGGUCUUGACCCUGUUGUUGUAGUGUCUGGAUUGCUGGAUAUUGGCGUCGUUAACGUUCAUAUUGGAGAAGUUUUGAGCAUGCGUACUUAGGAAGUAAUGCGAGAACGCUUGUUCAGUGUUGUCUUUCAUAAGCAAUGUAAUUAAACAAAUGACAAUAUCUUAAAAUCUACUCAUUAAAAUUUGACGAAAUUUGGCAGAAAUUCUGUUUAUAUCGCACUUCAGUCGACAAGGCCUCAAAAUAAGUUUUGAACAAAGGCGUUUCACCACAAAAUUAAGUUUCUCAUGAAAGCUAUUUUCCUAGAAAUUUCAAAAACUGUUAAGUUUUUUUUCAAAAAAAAAUGAGGGUUUUUUACUUAGUAAUUGUAAGCUUUGUGGAAACACAUAAGGAAAUCUAAAGGCUGGAUCAUUUUUGCGCAAACCUAAUAAAUCCAAACUUUAAGGCUUGUUUCAAUCAUCGAUUUGCCGCAUAGCAAAGAUCGAUUUCUUACUUUUUAUAUGUCAUGUCUUUUGUCUUAGCCAAAUCUGGGCUUUACACUUGCAACGAGUCUUAAAUAACAUUCACCCCCAAUGAAUGGUAACGAUCCGAAACGUACUAAACUGUGUUCAGCCACGUCGUCAAACUACACCGUUUUUCACACAGCAUGGAGGGAUGAAGGAUGGGAGACGUUUGCAGAAAACUUAGCUAUUCAAUGGCGAAUGUAUCACUGAGCUAGCACAAAGUCAUUUUCAUCUGUGGCGGAAAUAUUUCCAAAGGCGCAAAUCAUCACUUGGGUUUUUGCUUUUUUGUUGCAAGCCGUUGUUAUUUUCAUGGGGAUUUUGCUCGAAAAUUGUUCUCUUUGCAUUUCUCUUUGCACGGCUUCUCGUGGUGCAACUUAGCUCUGUUUUUGACCAUAGACAGGGUUAGCAUUUUUUUACCAAUUUUCUCAUCUUUGGGACUUUGUUUUAUUUGGUCUAUAAAUGUAAUUUCUGCACGUGAAUUUCAGCUGAUACAAUAACGUUACCUUAUCUAAGGAUCACACAAGGGAACACAACGCCAACAAGGGCAAAAAUGAUACCCUAUUUAAGGAUGGAGACCAUAUCGGGCGGCACAUACCUAUCUAGCCCCAAUUUGGAAGAAUCCCCCCGGGUGGUGACAUUACUUAUAUGGCAAACAGAUGGUAAAAAGUAUCAAUCAGUUGUGUAAUCUCAGUCAACAAUAAUGAAUUUUAGUUUCGACUGAAAAACAAACCCAAUUACAUUUAUAAGACUAACUGAACAAUGCUUAGUUUUGUGGCCCGGCAGUUGUAGAUAAACGUCUCUGCUGUUUCUCGUACACCUUCAAAGUAACGUUUCUAGAAAUUAAAGCAAUGGCAGGAACAAUAACGAAGAAUAUAUCAGCUUUAACUUCGUCACUCAAUAAUUCCUUUUCAGCCAUGGUUAUGGACGAAUUGCUUUCUGAGGCACAAGUCAUCGUUUGGAGCUGUGCUCUUGCGUCAGAAGCUGUAGUUAUUGUCCUGGGAAACUUGCUUACAAUUGUUCUCUUCACAUUUAACAGGAAGCUGCGAAAUAAGAAAAGGUUAUAUCUUGUUAUAAAUAUGGCGUUUGCUGAUCUGGUGUUGGGAGGUGCAAGUCUCCCUUUAUUUGUUUAUUUAAUAACGGCGACUCGCAGUAGGUUAUAUUUUUCAGCAUUUCCAACAUUUCUUAAAAUUAUUUUUACGGUUUCCUCGAUGGCCUCGUUCACUACCGCUGCUUUGAUAUCUGCUGAAAGAUUUUACGCCAUUUUUUGGCCGCUGAAGCACCGAACACUCUCCAGGCGAGCAUACAAGCUUGUUAUUUUGAUGGCUUGGACAUUGGCUACCUUAUUUUCUACGGCUUAUAUAGUGCUUUUCCGCUUGAGUCUAGGAGCUUUUUACGCUUUCGCUACUUUAUACGGCUUGUUACUAAUUGUGACUAUUUGCGGCCUCAACAUCGUUAUUUGGAGAAAGAUCCAGCAAAAAUCUGUUUCUUGUCACCAAAACAGAGACAUGCAACUCCAGCGUUUAACGAAAGCCCUGUCAUUAGUAUCUGUUGGUACUUUGAGUUCUUGGAUCCCCGCAAUUAUUAUUAGUUUUUUAAGAUUUUUCGGCCAAAACAUAUCUUCAAACAUUUUCCUUUUCACUUAUUUUAUAUAUUCUUCCAGUUCUUUUAUCAAUCCAAUGGUGUACGCUUUAAGAAUUCCUGAGUUUAGGCAAGGUUUAAAUUUGUUCUAUUUUAGAAGUCAGGAAAAUAGUAAUACAAGAAGAAAUAAU